AUGCCAACUCGCCACAGCAAGAACGCCACCAGUGCGGCCUUCUACUCUUACCAUGAGAGGCAAAAAAUAAAAGAUGUGGGAACCCAGCGCGAGCGUUUGGACACGAACGCCCUGCGUCGCUUCGAGGCGUGUUGGUUGUGCAAUCGGACGGCGCUGUCGCCUGUCUGUACACCCCAGGGCUUGGUCUACUGCAAGCAGUGUUUGUUUCUGAACUUCGAGGAUCAGAAGAAGAAAAUGUCGAGAGAGCUUAAGGAGUGGGAGGCACAGGAAAACGCAAAGAAAGAGGCCGAAGCGGCGAAGAAGUUAGAGGAAGAGAGCGCAGAGAAAAACAAAUUCCUUGAGGAAGAAAGCAAAAUCGCGUCCUACUACGCAAACCAGCGGAAACCGACGGUUGCUGAGCUCCAGGCAGCCCCAAAGAAAAAUCAGCAUCUUCUCAUCGGCGCAGGCGGCAAGGCCACAGCGCGCGCCAAGAGCUUUUGGGUUGUGGAAAACACCCCGUCGGCUCCUGCUGGCGAGGUGAAACCUCCUAAGCGCUCACUCGAGUGCCCGAUCACGAGGAAGCCGCUGAAGCUGAAGCAGCUCGUGUACUUGAAACCCGAGUUGCUCGAUGAAAAAGAUACAGAGUUCAACAGAUGGUCAUGUAAGAUCUCGAAACGAGCAAUCACAAACCAGAAGGCGGCUGCCGUCAUUCCCACGGGAGAUGUCAUCCUCAUGGAAUGCAUCGAAAAGUACGUCCUGAACAAAAAGGGAGGCUUCUACGGUGACAAAAUCAUCACGAAACAGGACAUCAUUCCGCUCGUCCCCGGUGGAACAGGUUACAGCUCCCACAACAAUGUGGAGGGCAUUGUGCGAAGAGCGUGCAUCCAGUAG